AAACUGAAAAGACAAGUAAAGACAAAAGAAAAAAAUUAUUAACAGUUUACAAUAGGCAUUUGAAAGAGUGGCUACCAACAGAGACACAAAAUUCAGUGGCGACACAUGGAUCAGCGUACUUUAGAAAAGACGUCAGGUAUGUCGAGCACAUGUCCAGCAACAACAGACAAGUGGGAAACAAGGAUUACCUGCAGAUGUGACUGGACUCCUGUACACGAAGCCUUUAAUAUGACCCCAAAAAGAAGAAAUCCAAGCAGGUUAAAUCAGGAGAACACAGUGGCCAGUUCCUCCCCAUCCUAUCCAAUCCUGACAUUCCCACUGAAGUGAGCUGGGGCUCCAUCAUGCUGGAAUCACAUUUGUCUGUGAACAGCUGGUUUAGGCACCUUGCAACUGGAAACAGCUACAGUUCUUUGGCAUAUAGUUUUCGUGUUGGGAAAUCUACUGUAGGAGUUGUGGUGCCUGAGACAUGCAAUGCUAUAUGGACAGCUCUUCAGCUGGUAUAUCUAAAAGAGCCAGAGAAAAGUGAUUAUGAGAGAAUAGCUGUAGAAUAUGGCACAGUGUGGGACUUCUCAAAUUGUGUUGGAGCUGUCGAUGGCAAACAUGUUGUCAUUCAGGCUCCAGCACAUGCUGGCUCUACCUAUUUCAAUUACAAAGGGUCACACAGCAUCGUUUUGAUGGCCGCAUGUGAUGCUUCAUAUUUAUUUACAAUGGUGGACAUUGGAAAUUUUGGCAGAAUCAGUGAUGGAGGCAUUUUCUCAGCUUCAAACCUUGGGAAAAAGCUUUCUCGUGAUAAAGAAUUUCUGCCUGGGUACAAAAAGUUACCAAAAAGCUCCAAAUGUCUGCCACAUGUCUUCGUUGGAGAUGAAGCAUUUGGACUGAAAGAAAAUUUCAUGCGUCCAUAUUCAGGUAGAAACUUAAGUAAUUCAAAAAGGAUUUUCAAUUAUAGGCUCUCCAGGGCAAGAAGAUGUAUAGAAAACACAUUUGGUAUUUUGACUGCUCGCUGGAGGAUUUUACGGAAUCCAAUUAUUGCACAGCCUCAGACAGCAACAUUAGUUGUUCAGGCAUGUUGCUGCCUGCACAAUUUCUUGAUGAAAUACGAGUCUAUAUCUCAUAAUUAUAAAUACUGCCCACCUAAUUUUGCCGACAGACCCAUGCUUGAGACAGCUAAUGGACUCUGGCGAGAUGAUACAUCUCCAAACAAUGGUCUAGUGAGAAUUCUUAGAUUAGGGAACAAUAACUAUUCAUUUUCCUCUGGAUCUGUUCGUGAUUUAUUUUGUAGUUAUUUUGAAAAUGAAGGAGCACUCUCUUGGCAAAAUAAAAGAAUAGGUCUGACAGUGCACCCAAAUUAAAGAUAAAUGUAUGUAAAUAA